AUGUUUCCUCUCGUACCUGGCGGCUUGCCGUGGGGCCAAGACCCACCUACUUCGCCUCCUCAUCGAUUCGUUACCGUUACGCCUGUGCGUGACGAUCUCAUCGUCCUGCCGUUACACCUGCCGCUGGUCUUUCCUGGUAAUGCUCUCCCUGCCAUGCCUCCGCUUGCUGCGGGCCCUAUCUGUCUCCCGAGGUCGGCGCCGCUGCCUUUGGACCCUGUCGCGGCUCUGUAUUACUCUGAGUUUACCGGGGACGUGUCAGUGCGGCCGCCACUCACGGCCGCCUUGCUCUCCAUCUACCAGGUGCACCAACGUCAGUGGGUCUCUGAGAGCUGGCGGCGGGUUCAAAGUGCUGCGCGAGAAUUUCAUGGCUGGUUGCAGCGCCAGUCUCUCGGGCUCACCUUGCUCACCUGCGAUCCUAUGUCCAUUGUUUCGUAUCUGGUGGAAUGGUGGUUCCCUCGGCACCCUGGGUGUCUGCAGGCAGACGGGCGUCCCAGCGCCAGUGCUGUAAAAGGGGUUAUAUCAAGCCUUGCGACUGCCUUUAAGCAGCUGGGCCGGGAAGGGGACUAUGACGCCUCUCAAAGCCGCGGGAAUCCCUGCGACAGCUCAUUGGGGGUCUCCGAUGAGGAUCUCAUGCGCUCCACGCACAUCCGCUCUCUGGGUACCCUGCACCGCUAUCUGGAUCCUACUAGGCAUCUCGCCCGCCUCCCGGCCGGCGGGACGGGGACGGGGCUGGUGGUUUCGGAGAGUGAUGAUGAGUGAUAAGUCUGUGCGUGUUUGGUCCUGUCUCACAAGGGUGGGGAGGGAGGGCGACCUCGACUUUCUCUAGUCUUUCUAGUCGUCUAUUUUCUGUAACCUGUAUUAAUAAAGCUUAGUUGGUAUCUGUUGUCUGACUCUGCAUUCUGUGCUGGAAUGGCCAAACUCGGACUGUCUCGUCCUGGUGUGAUAUCCGGGGUUGGCAUCGGGCCCUCCAUAUUUCUGUAUUUGGCAUUUCUGAAGUCAAAGAGCCCGCCACCGUAAGGGCCGGAUUAGUUGGGGCGAGCAUCCGUAUGAUACGAAGGGCUCAGUUACAACCUUUGUAACGCUCUCAGCCUAA